UUAGCUAACUUCCUCAUUAGCAACGUUAGCUUCAUAGUGAUCCACAGUCCAGCGUCGUGUCUGCUUAAAGCGACUCGUCGUUUUUUUACUCUUAAUUUCUCUUCGUGUCUUACUUAUGUCUAAGCCUCCUCCCAAACCGGCCAAGCCAGGCCAAGUCAAGGUGUUCAGAGCGUUGUUCACCUUUGAUCCAAGAACACCAGAUGAGUUGUACUUUGAAGAAGGAGACAUUUUGUACAUCUCAGACACGAGUGACAGUAACUGGUGGAAGGGGACAUGUAGAGGGAGGACAGGACUUAUUCCUAGUAACUAUGUUGCCGAACAAGCAGAAUCCAUUGAUAAUCCAAUGCAUGAAGCAGCCAAACGAGGCAACAUGAGCUGGUUGAGGGAAUGUCUGGAGAACAAGGUUGGAAUCAACGGGCUGGAUAAGGCUGGAAACACUGCCCUCUACUGGGGAUGCCACGGAGGACACAAAGAUGUGGUGGAGUUGUUGCUAAGCCAGCCCAAUGUGGAGCUCAACCAACAGAAUAAACUUGGAGACACACCACUGCAUGCUGCUGCCUGGAAGGGCUACUCUGAUAUUGUGGAAAUGCUGCUUAACAAAAAUGCACGGACAGACAUUAGAAACAAUGAGAAUAAACUGGCUCUGGAGAUGGCCACCAACGCCCAAUGUGCUUCACUUCUCAAGAGGAAGCAAGGAAGCAACGUCACCCGCACACACAGCAACGCUGAGGAGUAUUUGGACGACGAGGACUCGGACUGAGCCUCAGCUAGACCAUCUUAACUGUCUUCCAUUGGUUCUCUGGAGGUCGCGGAACUUCGACAUUAUUUUUUUGUUCGUGUUGUUUUGUCUUUUUCUGCAAUUCUAAAAUGGGUUAUCUCCAUCUGUAACUCUGUUUUAGAUUAAAUAUUUUCUUCCAACACUUCAGCUCUUGGCCCUCCACAUAUCAGCAGUCUUACUGUUCUUCUACUUUGCUGAGUGCAUUUCCCCAUAUAGGGAGCGCAUCACGAUGAGCUGAGAGGCAGUGUUUGAAGUGGAAGAGAUGUGACCAAAGCUCUUCAGAGAUGCAUUUGAAAGCAAACAAAUUAUGUAUUUAUAAUAGAAAUUAAAGUGCCAGUGCAGAUUCAGAUUUAUAUGACCUCUACUUUGUUUCCAAACUCUUCUUUCAUUCCUAAACUCCACUGUAGACCAAAACCUUUAAACUGUUGCAGCUUCUUGCUCCUUUAAACUGUCGAGCAUUGGCAAGCCAAAGAAACAUGCAUUUAUAUUAAAGGCUUUCCGUUAAAUUAUGACAUUUUCAACACCUACAGUUGAAAUGUUACUUAUUGAUGGGCUUUAUUUGGUAGGUUUCAAAUAUCCUUUAUUGGCAAUAAUCAAACCAUACUAGCCUGUUACUUUGCAGGGUUUUUAUAACACUUAUACUGUUGGUAGUGGCCAUUUCUCAGUUGACUGUAACUGAAGGAUAUAUCUGUUGGAGAUUUAAGUUUUUCCUCUUUUGAACCUUUUGAUGUUUGAUUUCUAUUCUUGGAGCAAAUUUCCUAAUUAUUGCUGCUUUUCUCAGAUUUAACAAAGUGCCUUUUAAAUAUAUGAUGAGGAAUAUUUGUGUUUUUGGUUGAGUAUAACUGUAAGCAUGUUUUGGUCUGCCUAGGUUGAUAAUGUUUCACAUUUAUAUCUUAAAACCACAAUAAAGAUUGAAACAUCCAGUC